AAAACACACCUCGCCGACCGAACCAUUUUCUUUCAUUAAUUUCUCACUUCAUUAUCAACAAAAAUUCUGGACAGCUAAUAAGCGAAAGGGAAAGAAAGAAAAGUGCUUCUUUUCUCUCUGAAACAAACAGCACUUAGUUAACCCCUCUUCACCACUCAAAUGCUCUUCUCCUCACUCUCUCAGGUUCUAUAAGAAACAAUUCUGGGCUAAUUGCAAUUUUCCCAUAUUAAAUUUCUGUUAAUUUCUUUAGCUUCUAUCUAUUGAAACGCUAAUUAGAACUCAUGAGUUUGGAUAGCGUGAGAAUGGCAACGUGUUUUGCACCUUCCAAUGCUAGAAAUUCAGCUGGGGUUUUGGCUGUUGUUGGAGGGAGAACACUGCUUGAGAGUCACAAUAGUAGACCCUGCUUCUUGAAAAUGCAGGAGAACAAGUGGGGGGUUUUUGGUGGCGGCAGGAAGUGUGGUUUGUUUCAAGUGAAGUGCUCUGGCUCGGCGAAUUCCCACAGCAGCAUCAACCACUAUCAUAGCAAAGAGAAAGACCCUUUUCUGGACCUGCACCCUGAGGUUUCACUGCUGAGAGGAGACGGAAGCCCCAGGCCGAGAAAGGAUGCGUCGGCUGGUGGAAAUGUGGCUGAGAGCUUAGACGAUGUGGUUACUCCAAAUAAUUAUAAUGAGGCGAAGAUUAAAGUCAUUGGUGUGGGUGGUGGCGGGUCAAAUGCAGUCAACCGUAUGAUUGAGAGCUCCAUGAACGGUGUGGAGUUCUGGAUUGUUAAUACUGAUGUUCAAGCCAUGAGAAUGUCGCCUGUCUUUCCUGAUAACCGCUUGCAAAUUGGGCAAGAGCUUACGCGGGGUCUUGGCGCCGGUGGUAACCCGGAGAUUGGCAUGAAUGCUGCUAAAGAGAGUAAAGAGUCAAUACAGGAGGCAGUUUAUGGGGCUGAUAUGGUCUUUGUUACUGCUGGAAUGGGUGGAGGAACUGGGACUGGUGCAGCUCCAGUUAUUGCUGGUGUCACAAAAUCAAUGGGUAUACUGACUGUUGGUAUUGUCACAACCCCUUUCUCAUUUGAAGGACGAAGGAGGGCAGUUCAAGCACAAGAAGGAAUUGCAGCCUUACGAGAUAAUGUUGAUACGCUGAUAGUAAUUCCAAAUGACAAGCUGCUGACUGCAGUUUCUCAAUCUACCCCUGUAACUGAAGCAUUCAAUCUGGCUGAUGAUAUUCUUCGACAAGGUGUUCGUGGCAUAUCUGAUAUUAUUACGAUACCGGGGUUGGUGAAUGUAGAUUUUGCCGAUGUUCGAGCUAUAAUGGCCAAUGCAGGUUCUUCGCUUAUGGGGAUAGGAACUGCAACUGGGAAAACAAGGGCAAGAGAUGCUGCAUUAAAUGCUAUACAGUCACCUUUACUAGAUAUUGGUAUAGAGAGGGCUACUGGAAUUGUAUGGAACAUAACUGGUGGAAGUGAUCUGACCUUGUUCGAGGUAAAUGCUGCAGCAGAAGUUAUAUAUGACCUUGUGGACCCCACUGCUAAUUUAAUAUUUGGAGCAGUAAUAGAUCCAUCACUCAGUGGUCAAGUAAGCAUCACAUUAAUCGCCACUGGAUUCAAGCGUCAAGAGGAAAGUGAAGGGAGACCCGUACAGGCCAGUCAACUCACACAGGGAGAUACCAUUGGUAUCAAUCGGAGACCUUCCCCAUUCACUGACGGCAGUUUGGUUGAGAUCCCUGAAUUCUUAAGGAAGAAAGGACGAUCCCGCUAUCCAAGAGUUUAAUAUUGAUCCCUUGCAUUUCUUUACCACUGGAUCAAUUUUUAGGGAUACAAAUAAAAUCGGUCUAGGUAUUAGAUCUCCUUUUUGCCCAUUGUUAGCAGUUUUAGGUAUGUAUUCUCGUCCAUACAGUUUGUUCAUGAAAGCUAAGUACUUUCCAAACUUCUGCUUUUAAGUUGAGGCUUGUUGGCAUAUUUGAACAUUUAGGCAUUAGCUUAUAUUUUUGUACAGAGAAUAUAUGAGUUAUGGUCAGGGCUUGUGAUUCAUGUUUGACAUUUUUUUACCAAUCACUUGAAGAUUAAUCAUUAUGAGAACCGCUAACCGAGUUAGCUAA